CAAGAAUUUUUUUUUUUUGAAAAGAAUCCAAUUUCCCAGCCCAUAACCGUCGGGUUUCUCUCCCCAACUCAUCUUCGAUUCUCUGUCCUUCGUACCUCACUCACCGCGCCGGUCAGCCAACGGAGGUCGCCUCUCCUUCCUCCGAGUCGCCAGUCUCCGCUCUCCUUCCUCCGUCUUGGCUCCUCCGUGCCGUGUGUCUCGUCGUCCACUGCGCGUGGCUGUGCUGAAGCUCCGAACUCCGAAGCUGCUCCGUCCCUGACUCAGCUUCUGCUUCUGUAGUAGAGGAAUUCUCGCCAGCUUUAACAAAAGAUGCAGGACUCCCCUGACUCAAGUCAUGGAUUCAGGGUGGGCCAACGAGUACAUUCAUCGGGUGAUUCAAGGAGAAUAGGUACAGUUAAGUAUGUGGGGCCUGUAGAAGGCUAUUCAGGCACGUGGGUUGGAGUUGACUGGGAUAAUGGAGAAGGCAAACAUGAUGGAUCCAUCAAUGGUGUCCGAUACUUUCAUGCAAAGUCUGAAAGAUCGGGGUCAUUGGUUCGUGCUCCGAAUUUGAGCCAAGGGAUUUCAUUGCUUGAGGCUCUUGAAAAAAGAUACCGAAGUAAAUCAACUAAUGAUGAAGAGGCAGAUGAAAUGUAUGUCCUUUCAACUAGCAACAAUCGAGUAUCUAUUCAACUUGUGGGUAAAGAUAAAAUUCAAGAUAAACUAAGUCGAUUUGAGGAGUUAACCAAUGCAUCAUUGGCGUAUAUGGGUGUUAGUUUCCCUGGAAUUCCAUACCAGAUUAAUACUACAGUCCCAAAUAUGAAGGAACUUGACCUGACUGGGAACCUGCUUUCGGAUUGGAAGAUGGAAACCAAAACAAGCAAGCCCAACUUCCUCUCUUAUUGGCUUAGUUUUCCCUCUAUUCAUCUCUUAGAGAGCUCAUUAGAUGUUGGCAAAAUUUGUGGUCAGUUACCUGCUUUGCAGGCUCUCAACUUAUCUAACAACUUAAUGUCACCAUAUAAAUCAGAACUUCCACCACUGGAAAGCAUCCGCAUUCUAGUUUUAAAUAAUACUGGUGUAGAUUGGGAGCAGGUUGAAUUGCUUAGACAAUCAUUGACAGCUAUUGAAGAGCUACAUCUUAUCGGAAACAAUAUAAGCAGAGUACUGCCUAUGUCAUCCUCCUUUGUUCAAGGAUUUAAUUCUUUGCGUCUAUUGAAUUUGGAUGAUAAUUGUAUAGCUGAAUGGGAUGAAGUCAUGAAGCUUUCUCAACUAAGAUGUUUGGAACAGCUUUAUUUGAACAAGAAUUGUUUGAAUGCUAUCUUAUAUCCUGAUAACGGCCAGCAGAAUGAAUUGGAAGCCACAAGCUAUAAGCCCUUUCAAAAUUUGCACUGCCUUCUAUUAGGUGAUAACAACAUCGGUGAUCUGGUCUCUGUUGACUCAUUAAACUUGUUCCCUAACUUGGUGGAAACUAGGCUUUCUGAGAACCCAAUAGCUGAUUCUACAAGUGGUGGAGUUCCAAGAUUUGUUUUGAUUGCUCGUUUAGCAAAAAUCAAGGUGUUUAAUGGAAGUGAGGUUACACCUCGUGAAAGGAAGGACUCUGAGAUUAGGUAUGUUCGACUUGUGAUCUCGAGGUUGCAUGCUAAUGCUGAAGAAAUCAAACAGCAUCCCAGGUUUUCUGAGCUUAAGAGUUUGUAUGGAAUUGAGGAUGAAAGACCAUCAACUGGAGCUUCAGGCCCACAAACAAUAGGCUCAGGGUUCUUGUCUAUCACUUUGAAGUGUGUUGGAGCAUCCAUGGGUGAGAAGCAACCAUUGACAAAGAAGCUGCCAGCAACAGCUACGGUUGGUAAGCUGAAAUUUCUCUGCGAGAGCUUUUUUAAGCUGAAGUCAUUGAAGCUAAAGUUAUUUCUUCAAGAAGAGGGCUCUCCAUUACCUGUGCUGCUCGACAACCACACAUCAUCUCUUAUGGAUCUUGGAAUUGGCAAUGAAUCAAUUAUCCUUGUAAACGAAGAAAGUUGAUAGAAAGAUCAGAAAUUGAAGAGCUUCUCUUGAGUGUGGUUACAAGCCAACAUAAGUUGAAAUCUUGUGUUUUUUUGAGGCAAUGCUGAAUUGGAUGCUCUUUCCCCGUUCAUGCCACAAAUAUUUUCUGUAUCCCCAGUUCCAUUGCAAACAGAUUUGGAUCUUGCACGCCAAGAAAAAAGAAUGGCAUUAUUUGGAAAAUGAGCUCACAUCUUUUACAAAUGUGUUUAGGAAACAUUUAUGUUUGCAAUGCAGAUUCAGAUUAGUCCCUCAAAAAGUAUUAUCUCUGUUUAGUCCUUGCAUUAGUUGGCAUGGAAUAUAGGAUAAAUAGAAGCGUUAAAUGGAAAAUUUGUAAUAUUUUAAGGGAUAGAAAAGAGUUUAGUUUUGAUAUACUAAUAGUGUAAA